AGAGAAUUCGUCUAUAAAUACUGAGCCUUUGUCCUCGAAGCAGACAACCAACCAUCUCAACACAAACACUCUACAACUCAGUCUUCAGCAAUCAAUCAGAAACCACUCUUCAACAUGCAGUUCUCUACCUCUUUCCUCGUCGCUGCUCUCUUCGGUACUGCCUUUGCCAUGCCUCAGGCCAACCCUACUGAUUGUCCCGAGACCUCUGCUAUCCCUACCUGCGGUGCUCCUUGCAUCACCUCCGCCGCCUCCGCCGUUGGCUGCAGCAACAUUGCUUGCCAGUGUGCCAGCUCCAGCGCCAUUCAGGCUUCGGCCAUCAACUGUGUCCUUGACAACUGCGGUUUCCUCGAGGCUCUGCAGGUUCAGGCUUCUGCCGCUGCUGUCUGCACUGCUUGUGCUUAGAUAUAGUCGUGAGGAUGGUCUAUCCCAAGUUGCCUUGCCAACUCGUUGCGGAACUAGUCUCCUUCCAAGUAUAUAGUUUCCGAUGAGUUAGAAAUAACAAAGAAGAAAAUCCAUUUAUACGUGCCCUGAUUGAUGAUAGAUAUGACAAGGUUAUGCC